AUGCUGAGAGAGCCCCUUCCCGGGCUCUCUCCCUCCCCAGGCGCUUUCUGCCUCAGCCUGUCCUUCUUGCUGGGCCAGGUGUGCUGGCUGCAGGGCCACCCCCAGUGCCUGGAUUACGGGCCCCCCUUCCGGUCCCCGCUGCCCCUGGACUUCUGCUCCGACUAUGAGUCUUUCGGUUGCUGUGACCAGCAUGGGGACCAGCGUGUCGCAGCCCGCUACCGGGACAUCAUGAGUUAUCUGGACCCACAGGGCCGUGAGCUGUGCGGGGGCUACAUCAGAGACAUCCUCUGCCAGGAGUGCUCGCCCUAUGCCGCCCACCUCUACGACGCCGAGAACCCCCAGACGCCCCUCCGUAGCCUCCCAGGGCUCUGCCCCGACUACUGCGCCGCCUUCCAGGCCAGCUGCGGCCCGGCCGCCCGGCUGCUGGCCCCGAGGCUGGACGGCGCCCGCUUCUGCCACCUGCUGCACCUGCCGGACCCCGACUACUGCUUCCCCGCCGUGCUGCGUAGCAAGCGGCUGGCCCGAGGGCUGGGGGGCCCGGCUCGGGACCCCCGGGGCUGCCUGCAGCUCUGUGUCUCCGAGGUGGCCAACGGGCUGCACAACCCUGUGGCCAUGGUCCAUGCCGGCGACCGCAGCCACCGCCUCUUCGUGGCCGAGCAGGUGGGGCGGGUGUGGGUCUACCUGGCCGAUGGCAGCCGCCUGCAGCGGCCCUUCCUGGACCUGGGGGCCGCCGUGCUGGCCUCGCCCUGGGUGGGCGACGAGAGAGGCCUCCUGGGCCUGGCCUUCCACCCUCGCUUCUCCCGCAACCGCAAGUUCUACCUGUAUUACUCCUGCGGGGGCAAGAAGAAGGCGGAGAAGAUCCGCAUCAGCCAGAUGAAGGUGGCUCGCGGGGACCCCAACAAGGCUGACCCCAAGUCAGAGAGGGUCAUCUUGGAGAUAGAAGAACCAGCCUCGAACCAUAAUGGUGGGCAACUUCUCUUCGGGCUGGAUGGCUAUCUGUACAUUUUCACGGGGGACGGAGGGCAGGCAGGCGAUCCCUUUGGCGAAUUUGGAAAUGCUCAGAACAAAAGUUCCCUGCUGGGUAAAGUUCUGAGGAUCGAUGUGGACCGGGCCUCGCAGGGCAGGCGGUACCGAGUCCCCCGCGACAACCCCUUCGUCUCGGAGCCGGGGGCGCACCCGGCUGUCUAUGCCUACGGGGUAAGGAACAUGUGGCGCUGCUCGGUGGACAGAGGGGACCCCGCCACGCGUCAGGGCCGCGGCCGCAUCUUCUGCGGGGACGUGGGGCAGAACAGGUUCGAGGAAGUGGACCUCAUCGUCAAGGGGGGGAACUACGGCUGGAGAGCCAAGGAAGGCUUUGGAUGCUACGACAAAAAGCUCUGUCACAACGCCUCCUUGGACGACAUUCUGCCUAUCUAUGCCUAUGACCACACGAUGGGGAAGUCGAUCACUGGAGGGUACGUGUACCGUGGGUGUGAGUUCCCAAACCUUAACGGCCUCUACAUCUUCGGGGACUUCAUGAGUGGUCGACUUAUGGCUUUGCAGGAAGAUAGAAAAGCCAAGACCUGGAGGAAGCAGGACAUUUGUGUGGGCGACAGGACGUCUUGUGCUUUCCCCGGGCUGCUGAGCUCCCACAGCAAGUUCAUCAUCUCCUUCGCCGAGGACGAAGCAGGGGAGCUCUACUUCCUGGCCACCUCUUACCCAAGUGCUUAUGCUCCAGGAGGAUUCGUGUAUAAGAUUGUUGACCCCUCCAGGCGAGCACCUCCAGGCAAGUGCAAGUUCAGGCCAGUGCCUGUGAAGACCAAGAGUAAGCGGGUGCCGUUCAGGCCCCUCGCCAAGACGAUCUUGGCUUUGCUAAAGGAGCAGUCUGAGAACGCUAUGGGGACGCUCUCCAAUGCAACACUGGCUUCCAGCCCUGAUGGGGCCUCCUCUCAGAAGAGCACCAGGACCAGGAAAGCCUUCCUAGGGCCCCAUACAAUGAAGAGAUCCAGAGUGGGGUCCCCUGGCCCCCAGAGUAAGAGGAGGAAGACCCUGGAAGUCCAGGGUGAUGGGAGGAGGGAGCGAGCUGGCCCGUGUCUCCCUGCCAAGGUUACAGUCUGAGAACCACCUGGACACUGAACUUGGGCCUGAGAAGGACAACAAAGCAGAUUGGAGAUGGUUCAGGUAGAGAGAACUUGACGUAGGCAUGCAGACUGUGGCCGCCCUCACUCCAGAACCUUGCCGAAGCUUCUUUCUGUGCGGUGGGGCCAGGCUCGAAGCUGGGUCAC